AUGGAAUAUAAUGCAGGCAUAUCAGCUAUACCGCAGAUAGCUACCGAUUCAGAUAAUCCACAAGCACCGGCUAUCGAUAACGAUGUCGAAUGCUCCGAGAAUAUGGUGAACGAAAGCGCCUUUGAUGAGGUCAGUCAGAUGACGGAGACUACAGGUAUGAGUCCAAUUACCACGUAUUAUGAGCAUACUGAUAAUGCUGCUGACGAUUUUGAUCCCGAUUUAUUACGGGAACUGGGUGAUUUAGAUACGGACCCUACCGAAUUUGGUGAGAAUUUACAAUCUGACGUUGCUGCACGAUUUCAAAAGAUUUUACAAGAAGGAAUGAAAAAGGAUAUAAAAGAAGAGUUGCUUAAAAAAUAUCUUUUCCCUAAAAAUGUCACUUUGGCUAAAAGCCCGACUCUAAACCCGGAGAUUGGGGCCAUUCUACCAGAGACCUGUAAGCAGAGAGAUAAGCGAUUGGCAGCAAAACAAGACCAACUAGGUAAAGCACUUGCUGCUUUAGGAAUAGCUCUAACGCCUCUUUUGAAGAAAAAUCCACACAUCCCCGAAGUUAUACGUAUAUUAAAGGACGCUGGUGUUUUACUGGCUGACUCGCACUUUGCUGAGACUGAUACUCGACGUUCCGUUAUAAUACCUCUAGUAGACAAGUCUUUAACAGACUCUUUUAAGGACCGAAAGAGGGAUGUUUUUCUAUUCGGGGAAAAGCUGGGGGAUUUAGUAAAGGACACUAGAGGCAUAAAAAGGACGGGGCAGUUGAUACAACUUUCUGCCUCCAAUUUAAAUGCAAGAGACCCACCGUCCCGAGGACCGCGGCAGCAACGUGGCGGCCAGACGUACCAGCACCGAGCCGGGGGGCCGAGGUCUGCACAGGCGGUCCAGACGUUCCAGACUGUAAACACUUGUCCUUCCUUAAAUCACUAUACUGGCUCGUCACUACACCAGUAUGCAGGUAGACGUCCGCUCUCACCGGUGGCUCUCACGUGA